AUGGAGCCCAAGCGCCCCGCGCGCAAGUCGCAGCUGCAGGCCUACAUCGCCGUCCUGCGCGCCCUGUCGUCUGUGAAGCUGGACUGGUCGCAGCAGAAGCUGAUGGUGGACCUGCGAAAGCAGCUGAAAAUCUCUCUGGAGCAGCACAUGAAGUCCCUGGACAAAGUUUUGAAGGACCCAGAGGUCAGCGCCAUAAGGGAGGGGCUACCCCUUCCAGCGCGUGGAGACGGUGCACCUGCAACCGGGGCGAAGCGCGAGAGGUCAGCCUCCCCCCAGCACCGUGGCCAGCAAGCUGCCCUGCCGCGCGCCAGUGCACCACAAGAGGACCGCAGAAGCGCAAAAGCUGCCCGGAGAUCGACACAGCAUGCUGGGGGGCGUGGCUCGGGGCUCAAGGGUGGGAGGGGUGGGCGGGGCGGCAGGCCAGGAAAGGAGUCCUCCAGUCGUGGCGGCCGCAUAGCCCGCGUCGCGCCCCGCGACCCAAAGCCCCCUGCCUCGAUGCCCAGACAGUCGCCACCACAGGCCAGUGAGGACGUGCACAAGUAUGUGGGAAGGAAGGUGCUUGUGUACGCGAAGGACAGCACCCCACAGUGGCUGGAGGCCGUGGUGACUGACUACAACAAGGACACACUGAAGAACUGCAUCACAUACGACUUCAACACUGGGCAUGAGUCGUGGCACUGGCUCAACGUAGACAAGGAGGUCAAGCGAGGUGUGCUGCGCUGGGCGGCCGGGCCGCCAAUCGACCUGCAGGCUGUUGUGGCCAUGGCAACUGAGGACGGACAGGUUGAGGUAUAA